AUAUUAAUGGCAAUCAAUGGUAAUUCAAAUACCAGUGACAAUAAUAAUUAUCAUCAAAACGAUACUCAUCUUAACAAUAAUUUAGUCGAUCUUAACAUUAAUAAUGAUGAUAGCUUCCUGUCCAACAGCACCGGCACUCACGCAGAUCACGAGCACCUCCAGCAACGGGUCGUAGAUUUAGAGAGAAAAUUAAGCGAACAGUGCGAUGAAAUUGUAUGUCUCAGGAGUACAUUGGCUGAUGUGUUGAGACGGGUUACUCAACUCGAGGGCAGAGCACCGGUCAUUACUACUACAUCAACAACACUGCCAAACAAUACAUUCAAUAAUAAUAAUAAUAAUAAUAAUAAUAAUAAAGGCAUACAUUUAUCAUCGUUAAGAAGUUAUAGCAAUUCUUCAAUUUAUAGUCCAAAUAAUUCAAGAAAUAAUGUUAAUUAUAAUAACAACACCAACAAUAUAAAUGGUAAUAAUAAUAAUAAUACUAAUGGUAUAAAUGGACUGAAAAACAAUCUAUUAAUCAAUGGAAAUGCCGGCAAUCAGUCCAUCAAUGGCAGCAACGGAGGAACAAUGGGUGCACCGUCUGGUCAGCCAGUGGUCAACGGUCACCGACGCCUUACACACUAUCCGUCCAACAAUUCCCUCCAUAGCAACAGCGACCGAGGAGGAGGUGGCGGAGGUCAUAGUUCGUCAAACAGCGGAUCGCCAGUACCGUCGCCAUCGCCGUCCCAGUCGUCUAACAGUUACCGAACCCAUACGCCAUUGUCGGGUACAUCGCCCAGACAUACGCCACAACGGGAUCACCACCGGUCGUCGUAUUCGUCCUCAACUUCAAACUUGGUAUCGAUGCGGAAAUGGUCGGCCAGUCAAGAGUUUAGAGGCAAUCCCAUGGAUCUGUCCAAUAGACGGAUGACCAGUGGGUCACUAUUUAAUCUUCAUGUUAUGAGAACAUCAUCUACCGGUGCUAUAAACCACAUCAGACAUGGUACUAAGGAAGCCACUCAUAAUCAAGAGGACGGCAUAAUUCGUAUUUACCUUAGAGGACAUCCACUAGUGGUACACAUACCGACCGACCAAUUGCACAGUUAUUCAUUAAACAAAGUCAAUAGUCCGCCCACACAACGCCUUAAGCUUGAAUGGGUUUACGGAUAUCGGGGUCGCGAUUGUAGACAUAACUUGUUUUUGUUGCCGACCGGUGAGAUUGUCUACUUUAUCGCUGCCGUAGUCGUACUCUACAAUGUCGAAGAUCAGAUCCAACGACACUAUUUGGGACACACCGACGAUAUUAAAUGUUUGACAGUACAUCCCAAUCGAUUGCUCAUUGCUACGGGACAGGUAGCCAGUUUGGACAGACGUGAGCGUAGAGCACAUGUACGUAUCUGGGAUUCGGUUAGUUUGAAUACGUUGCACAUAAUCGGCCAAAACGGUGACUUCGACCGCAGUAUACUGUGUCUGGCCUUUUCCAAACUGGACGGCGGAAACCAUUUGUGUGUAAUCGACGAGUCCAACGAACAUACCAUUUCGCUAUGGGAUUGGCAAAAGACCGACAAAGGACACAAAAUUACCGAAACAAAAACCAGUUGCGAUCCCGUACUGGCCGUCGACUUUCAUCCGAUGGACCGAUUUGCACUGACCACCGUCGGUAAAGGUCAUAUACACUUUUGGGAUAUGGAGGGCGGAUCUCUAUCGAAAAAAUUGGGUAUUUUUGAGAAACAAGAAAAACCGAAAUAUAUUCUGUGUAUGGCUUAUAACGAUAUGGGAGAGCUAUUAACUGGCGAUUCAAAUGGCAAUAUAAUGGUCUGGCAAAGAGGAUCCAAUCGGCCAGUUCGGGCAGUCUAUGGUGCACACGAUGGCGGUGUCUUUACUAUUUGCGUAUUGAAAGAUGGAUCGGUGGUAACGGGUGGCGGCAAAGACAAACGUAUUGUCGAAUGGGAUUUCAUGCUUAGUCGGACUGGAAGAGAGGCUAAACUACCCGACCAGUUCGGUGGCGUCCGUACACUGACCACUGGAAAGGGAUCGAUGUUAAUGGUGGGCACCACUAAAAAUUGUAUACUUCAGGGCACACUUGCACUGAAUUUUUCAUUAGUGGUUCAGGGUCACACUGAAGAACUGUGGGCACUGGCUAUACAUCCGACACAAAACCAGUUUAUAACAGCCGGCUAUGACAAGACUGUCCACUUGUGGGAUACGUUAUCGCAUACAGCCGUCUGGAGUAAGGAUAUGGGCGAAGCCAUACAUUCGGCCGCUUUUUCGCCCGACGGUUCCGUAUUGGUUUUCACAACGACCAGCAGCCGAUGGAUAGUAAUGGAUUCGACAACCCGUCAGAUGAUAUCAAUGCAUUCGGACGGAAACGAACAAAUAGAUUGCGUCAAGUUUUCGCCCGACGGACGCUUUCUGGCUCUCGGUUCACGCGAUAAUCAUAUCUAUGUCUAUCAGGUUUCCGAAGAAUAUCGCAAAUACAACCGAAUCGGCCGAUGUUCGGGUCAUUCAAGUUUCAUAACACAUCUUGAUUUUACCAGAGAUGGUACUUACAUUCAGAGCUGUUCCGGCGAUUACGAACACCUGUUCUGGAAUGCAACCAUUUGCCGACAGUUGAACAAUAUGUCCAUUGCCCGCGACCUGGACUGGCAGUCGCACAAUUCGGUACUCGGUUUUAACGUUCUGGGUAUUUGGCCAGAGAAUGCCGACGGCAGCGAUGUCAAUACGUGCGAUCGUUCGCAUUCCGGUCGCCUGUUGGCCACCGGCGAUGAUUUCGGUAAAAUUAAUGUCUACAGCUAUCCGGCACCGCAACCGAAAUGUCUGAAUCAUUCGUACGGCGGACACAGUGGCCAUCUAACUGGUGUCCGAUUUAUGGCCGACGAUUCGCGACUCAUAUCGAUCGGCGGCCGCGACUCGACUGUCAUGCAAUGGACUGUCUCAUGAGUUAUUGUUUUAAAAAAAAAAAUAAUGAUUUACCGAUAAUUUCGCUUUCAUAUACAGUAUAUUAUUGAAUGUUGUGUUAUAUAUAUUAUUAUUUUAUUAUUAUAUCU